UUCGGGUUAACAUUCAGUCAUUGAGUUAAUAAAGCUUCCAUUUAAUUGUAAAGUUACUUUUGUGAUUGAAAGUUCAUCAACUGUCAUUUGUUUAAUAAUUAAGUAAAAUGCCUCAAAAAGUGACUUUUUAUUUAUUCUUAGCCUUGGCUAUUCACUGUGUUUACUCAACUCCAAGUGAUGAUCUGUUGAAGAAAAAAAACAGUGAAUAUCCAACUUGGAUUGAAGCGAAUGGACGCAUCAACGAUCCUAAGGCCAUUACUAUCGGGGAAUUCCAAAACUCUAAGAAUCCGGUUAUUUGUCGACUCGUCACCUCAGAUGGACUGAUUCCUGGUACUGCCGACCCUGCUUCUGGUGUUUGUACGGCCAUCUGGAAUAAUGCUGUUGUAACCUCAUCUCACUUCGAAUACUUGAGUGGACCAUUAGGUCGACUUGACUGGGCUGAAUCUAAUCGAGGUAAUAUACCAACAGGUGCCGUUAUCGGUGGAAUCACAAAUGACGACCGUAAAAUAUACAUCGUUCGGUUGGCCAAGGAUAAAAACUCAGUUGAAACCUAUUAUGGUGGAGGAAUAACAAAAGGUGACCGAUCAGGUUCAGUCUUCAAGGAAGGUAAAGCCUUUACUACACCCACCUAUGAAGUUUUAUGUUUAACAACUAUUAUCAUUUGAAGAUAUUGUUCAUGAUCAUUAUCUGUACUUUUGAAAGAGCUAUCAGCUAAUCACUUAACAAAUUGUAACGUUAAAGAUACUCUUCGUUUAAUUGUUGUACAAUAAAUGUUUAGAUUUUUCGAUUCAUAAAAAAAUUAAA